AUGCUUCGAGCUACUGAGUGUGGGUUUGAAACCCGGAAGAGAGAGCUGCGUGACGAAGCCGAACAAGUAACCGUUUGUUACGAUGAUCCUACAGGCAAGUUGCUGCCGUUGGAGACUUGGAGGAAUGUGAGCGGAUCUGGGAGCGCACGGUUGCUGCCGACAAUCGCAUCUUCUUGGGAGAGCAUUCACAAUCUGUUCAAAUCGGCCCACAAGAAGUACGAGGAACACGCCAAACUUGUGACCGAUAAGAGGACAACUGCGCUGCGUGGCAUGCACGAUUACUAUCUUUUCCCCGAGCUUACGCGUGUCGACGCCAUACUCAUGUACGCGCUUGAAAAGUAUUUUGUUUGCUCAUUUAAGCUUCAAACUGAUGCGCUACACGGUCUUGUCCAAGCGAGACAAGAACAAGAGCAACACGACACCAAGUUUCGAGGAUUCAUUGUGUUCGAUGUUUCUUGCGUUGAGUGCUUUGAAAGCGCUUUGUCUGAUGCACAAGAAGAGGACAAAGGUGUGAUCGACAAGCAGCGACUGUUGUGGGAAGUUGUCAAACAAACUUUUCCAUCCGAGACGCACUGCCUCUUCGGGAAUCACGCUUUGGACUAA